CGUUGUCAGUCUGAGCUCAACUUAGAAACCACGAAUCAUGGCAGAAGUGGCUCCAGCUCCAGCCGCCGCCGCCCCGGCCAAAGCAGCCAAGAAGAAGGCGGCUUCCAAGCCGAAGAAGGUCGGCCCCAGCGUCAGGGAACUCAUCGUUCAAGCCGUGGCCGCGUCCAAGGAGAGGAGCGGCGUGUCGGCGGCCGCCGUCAAGAAGGCUCUGGCUGCCGGAGGCUACGACGUGGACAAGAACAAGGUCCGCGUCAAGACCGCCAUCAAGACUCUGGUGACCAACGGAACUCUGGUCCAGACCAAGGGAACCGGGGCCUCUGGAUCUUUCAAGAUGAACAAGAAGGUGGAAGCCAAGAAGCCAGCACAGAAGGCCGCUCCUAAAGCCAAGAAACCCGCAGCGGCCAAAAAGCCCAAGGCAGCGGCAGCUAAGAAGCCAGCAGCUGCUAAAAAGUCUCCUAAGAAGGUGAAGAAACCUGCAGCGGCCAAGAAAGUAGCCAAGAGCCCUAAAAAGGUGGUGGCCAGCGAAGAGCCCCAAGGUGAAGAAGUGGCGACCAAGAGCCCCAAGAAGGUGGCAGCGAAGAAGGUGGUGAAGAAGGCUCCAGCAGCCAAGAAAUCUCCCGCCAAGAAGGUUGCCAAACCCAAAGUGAAGAAGACAGCAGCCAAGAAGAAGUGAGCUGUCCUCACUGAGACAUGUCCAUCCUGUUCAAAGGCUCUUUUAAGAGCCACACACUUGUGUCCGCUAAGAGCUCAGCCAUCUUCUCUAUUAUCUAUAAAAUGAAUAUUAAGCCUCAAUGAAAUAUAUUUUAAUAACGUCAUAACGACAUGAGGUGUAAUAUAGUAGCUGAUGUCUAUUUCUAUUCAUUGAAUAUGUUGUUCAAAGAAUAAUCAAAUCAAGAGUAUUAAAACUGUGACCUAUUAAUAAAAAUAUCAACAUGACUUUCACAACAGAGAAUCAUAAC